AUGGGUAAUUCACCUGCAGCAACAUCGGCCGAAAAGCCCCAAGAGACGAACUCAGAGCAGUAUGGAAACACCCAGAGUGCUCUGGAUCGCGUGAUCACAGCCGCAUCUUAUGUUCCUCCUGAAAUGAGCCCGAUCCGUCGCCGCGCCGUCAUGUGUGCCCUCUGCCUGACUCUUCUACUUAGCGCCCUGGACAUCACCAUCAUCGCCACAGCCUUACCCACCAUCGCAGCAACUCUUCAGGCCACGGCAUCGGAGUACGCGUGGGUGGGAAGCGCGUACACCUUGUCCAGCACGGCAUCCACACCGGUCUGGGCUAAGAUGUCCGACAUAUUCGGCCGGAAGCUCACAAUUAUGACUGCGGCAGCAACGUUCAUGGCGGGAAGCCUGAUCGCGGCCUUGGCUGGGAACAUUCAAGCUCUCAUCGCUGGGAGGACUGUACAGGGGCUCGGGGGAGGUGGAUCGUUGGUCCUAGUCACGAUUGUGAUUGGCGAUAUUUUCAAGUUGGAGGAUCGGGCCAAGUACUAUGGCAUGACUGGCAUCGUCUAUGGGAUUGCGAGUGCGGUCGGCCCAGUACUUGGAGGUGUCUUUACACAGACGAUUGGAUGGAGAUGGUGUUUCUUCAUCAACUUGCCGUUCGACGGCGUUGCCCUGGUGGUGUUAUUCUUCACCCUCAAGGUUGAAACCCCCAAAGAGUCAUUCAUUGCCGGUCUUCGGGACCUCGAUUGGAUUGGGUUCCUUCUCAUCAUAGGUGGCACAAUCUGCUUCCUCUACGGCCUCGAAACAGGUGCUGGUGGCAUCGUACCCUGGAACUCUGCUUUGGUCAUCUGCCUCAUCCUGUUUGGGGUCCUCAUUCUCGCGCUCUUCAUUGUAUGGGAGGCUCGCUUCGCGAAGAACCCCGUUAUUCCAUUCCGAAUCUUCCAAAAGGUCACCAAUAUUGCCUCUUUCACCCUUGCUUGCAUCCACAGCUUCGUAUUCAUUGCAUACGACUAUUUCCUCCCGCUGUACUUCCAAGUUGUCCUUGGUUUCAAACCGAUCAUCGCUGGAAUCACGCUGUUUCCUCUACUCAUUCCGCUCACGGUCAUGACAAUGCUCGGGGGGCUGUUCACCCGGAAGACUGGUAACUACAUUAUUCCCAUCUUCUUUGGUUCGGCGCUCAUGACUCUUGGGAAUGGCCUGUUCAUCAGCUUUGGCAUCAGCACGGAAUGGGCCAAGAUUGUGGCAUUUCAAAUGAUCACUGGGUUCGGUGCCGGUGUGCUCUUCCAAAGUCCCAUGAUCUCAAUUCAGACUCACACGGAGCAAAAGGAUAUGGCGGCUGCUAUGUCGGCCUUCAGUUUUGUGAGGUCUCUCUUUUCUUCGAUGUCCAUUGUCAUCGGGACAGUGUUGUUGCAGCAUAACCUCGGUGGUGGAGAGCUGACGGCAGGGAAGCUUGGUUCUGAGAAUGGGAACGAUGGGACUUCAGGGGCUAGCAAGGCUAUCUACAUGUCUGCUUUGCGUGUGAUGUGGGCAUUCUUUACUGGCGUUUCUGGUUGCAUGCUUCUAGCUGCGAUAUUCAUCAAGCCGAAGUCGACAAAGUCAGGUCAGCCCAAUACAAGCUCAUAG